UCAGCCUGCGACCAUUGCAAAUCACCUCGGAGUUGACAGAAAAUCUGCAAUUUCGCGAAUUCGGCGGUGGCAGUUGGGGCCGCGGGAAACGGCAGGUCCGUGUUUCGGCGGCUGCAGGUGCGGAUCGGCGGGUCGGCGUCCGUGUCGACCGAGAUUCGGCGAGAACUUGUCAGAGUCGAAAGGUCGCAGUCGGACAAAUGACGACGACGAGGACCUGCUGCUGAGCGAUUUCUGCGGACGAUGUCGAACAAACUUCUGCACGGCUACAAGCGCUUCUUGCGCAACACCUACGACCUGCGGCGGAUCCUCAGGGAGACGCGGCAGCUGCUCGAGGACUUGGCCGCGCCACACAUCCUACCCUCGGAAAAGAGCGAGUUGAUCGCCAAAAUCCAGAGGGUCGACGAUGUCCUGCGAAAGUUCCCGGCCAUUGUCGCCGUCGGGCCGCUCUGCUUCGAGGUGCUCAGAUCGAUCUUCGGCCAGGACAGGGUGGAGCAGGACGAUGAGGACGCAUUCCUGCGCGUCGUCAACCCCACCUCGGUCUAUCCCCCUUUAAAGCUCAUUACCGAAAUGGCUGUGAAAGAAGAAAUUGAAGUGAAGGAGGUCCAGUUGGGACACUCGCUGCUCAGGGACGGUCUGCAGGUGUUGGUGACCAAGCGGUGGAGCCACGUGCAGCUGGACGCGGUCCUGCCCAUCGCUUUGUACGGCGUCCGAGCGGCCGAGUUGUCGGUCGACGACCUUUCCGAUCUUCGACGUCUCAGGGCAGACUGGCCUGACCUGCCUCUCUGCCUCAUCUGCAUGCAGAACGACACCAAAGAGAGAAUCCAGCAGCAGCUCAACUCCUUAGAUUUCGGACCAAUUGUUUUGAUUGACGAUCACAACGGCUUCAGUGCCUUUGUCAAGAGUUGCCUGCAGAAUCACCUUGUCUCUGCCUGCCUACAUUUGAAUGAGGUCCAGUCAACCUGCAUCCGGAGUUUUAUUCUGUCUGCGUUCGACAUGGCUCGCGAGCUGCAGAUCACACCAAAGCGGUUGCAGUACGUCCAGGACAAGGAGUCUGAGUUGCACCAAAGUCUGAUACGGGUGGCCAGCGACAAGCAGCAGGAAAUCACCGAGUUAAUCGAGCACACCAUCCAGGACAUGCGAGAGGCGCUUCUCGACAAGGCCUCUGAGUGUGAAGCUCCUCUUGAUGUUGCUGGCAAUGCUGACACCAUCCAAGCGGCCCAGGCGGCCACUAAUGAAGUGCAGCAAAUGGUGCUGAGCCGUUUGAGCAGUGCUGUGGCAACCCAAUUAGCAAGCACGGUUGGUUGUCUUCAGGACUCUUACGUUGGCACCCUGCAAAGGUGUCUUGAGAGCCUUGAGAAGCACUGCCUGGACGCCGAGGAGGGCAGCAUCCGGGCCACAGAUGCCCUUCGACAAAGUCUAAGCGCGGCGUACUCGGUUGAAAUCUCAGCGUGUCCGUCGUCACCAUUCUUCUCCAUGUUCGACUGGAUCCGCAGCCUGAUGAAGGGCAUCCCUUUGCCAUGGACGUCGCCACCGUCAAUCGACUCCGGCUGGCGACGGACAGUGGCCGCAGACAUUCUCGACUCUCUCAGCGCUUCAAAGUUGGCUCGGGGAAUUUGCUCUCAGUUCCGUGUAAAAGUGCGUUGUUCUCACGAUUCAUUCCAAAAAGCAUUGUGUGCCCUGGAAAACAGAAUAUGCGGCAAGCUGGAACGGACUGAGGAGCAGCGAGUGGCCAUCAGGAAGCAUCACGCUCCUCAACUGGCACGUCUCUCUCUUGAAACCACUUCCAUGUGCGACCUUGUCCGAUACGGGAUGCCUCGGCUGGGACGGGAAAUUGGUCGAGGGCAGUACGGAGUGGUUUUUUCCUGUGAUCCUUGGGGAGGAUUCUCACCUUGCGCAGUGAAAUCCGUGGUGCCUCCUGACGAUAAACACUGGAAUGACCUUGCAAUGGAGUUCUACUAUACAAGAACAUUGCCGGAGCACCGGAGAAUUGUGCGGGUUCGCGGUUCGGUCAUCGACAGUGGUUACGGAGGAGGUUGUUCACCAGCGGUGCUGCUCAUCAUGGACAGACUGAGCAAGGACCUGUACUGCGGUCUCAGGGCGGGCAUGUCUUGGCUUUCUAGACUGCAAGUGGCGGUUGACGUGGCCGAAGGUGUCCGUUUUCUGCACGCCCAGGGCCUCGUCCACCGAGACAUCAAACUCAAAAAUGUUUUGUUGGACGAGGAGAACCGAGCGAAGCUGACAGACCUGGGAUUCUGCAUCCCAGAGGCUAUGAUGUCCGGCAGCAUAGUGGGAACGCCAAUCCACAUGGCUCCGGAGCUGCUUUCCGGACACUACGACAGCUCAGUGGACGUCUACGCCCUCGGAAUCCUUUUCUGGUACAUCUGCGCCGGGCACGUUCGCAUGCCUUAUGUUUUUGAACAGUUCUGCAAUAAGGAGCAACUGUGGAAGAAUGUCAAAAGCGGUUUGAGACCCGAGCGUUUGCCGCACUUUGACGAGCAGUGUUGGCGGCUGAUGGAGCAGUGCUGGUCGGCUGAGCCGAGUCAGCGGCCUUUGCUGGGGUACGUGCAGCCGCAGUUGGAGGCCAUCAUGAGGCGCUACCAGACGGGCGAGUCAAUGGAGGCCGGCAGCAGCAGCAGCGACGCCGCCGUGCAGGACGACGACUCGUUCGUCCACCUGCCCAGCCUCGAGAAUCUCGCCCCCACCUCCUAGUCUUCCCCAGGAUCUCUGGUAACAAAACUCCUCCUCAACUUCCAUCCUCUGUCUUCUCAAAGGGGUUUUGAAGAUUUUUUUUCUUUCGAAAUUCCAAAGACACAACUUUUGAAUUUGAGACGAUUCGAGAAAGAGUUCCAGAAUCGGCGGUCAAUUUUAAAAUCGAUUCGAAAAAAAUUUCCAAGCCUCUUCGUCAAAACUUGUUCAUUCCGUCUAAGACUUUGGUGCUCUCCGAAAACGACCGACUCUCCUCAAAAUCUCACGCCACUCUUAGCCGCCGUAAGACUGAAAAAAAAGUGAUUAGUGCUGCCUCAUUCGGUGAAAUAUUGUGAAAAAUAUUUUCUACAUUCACGCAUGAACGUGCUUUAAUAUAUUAAUAUACGUGUAUACACUUAUUUUAGCGACUCGUGAACAAUUAAACCAAACUAAAUGUCGUGUUUAAAUUGCACUUUUAAUUCAAAUCCAGCCGUCUCAGCCGACAAUUUUCAAGAUCCGCGAGCUCAGCUCUGGCUUUUGAGUUGCGAUUCGGAGACUGCCCUGCAGCCGCUCUUUCAGCCCCGGGCUGAGUUCCGAGCUCGAGUGGUGCACCCGCAGCCACGGGUCACCUUUUCCGACCGGCUCGCCGUGUUCCUUGAGCAGCGAGACGCCAACCGACAAGUCCAACUCUUGGUCCGCGCGACUCCGUCCUGCGCCCAACUCGCGACAAACGCGUGCAAUUUCCAAAGCAUCCAAAUCGCCAACGAAACCUAAAAAUUAAGC